GGGCGCGCAGGGAGCGGAGCUCGCAGAGCCGGGCACUGGGCGCGCAGGGAGCGGGGGCGCCGAGCCGAGCUGGGCACAGGGCGCGCAGGCAGCGGGCGCGCGGAGCCGGCACAGGGCGCGCAGGGAGCGGGACGCGCAGCGCCGGGCACAGAGCGCGCAGAUCGAGGAUCGCUGGCGGCCGGCCACAGCCCAGUGUAGCGAGCCCCGGAGCCGCCCCGGCCUCCACAGUUAAACACCACCCCUCCGCUGCGAGCGCCUGUGCGGCUGCGGCCAUGAGCAUCGGACACUUCACCGUGUGGGACUAUGUGGUGUUCGGGGCCAUGCUGCUGGUCUCCGCGGCCAUCGGCGUGUACUACGCCUUCGCGGGCGGCGGCCAGCAGACCUCCAAGGACUUCCUGAUGGGCGGCCGCAGCUUGAGCGCCCUGCCCGUGGCGCUGUCCCUCACCGCCAGCUUCAUGUCGGCGGUCACCGUGCUGGGCACCCCGGCGGAGAUCUACCGCUACGGGGCCAUAUUCUGCAUCUUCGCCAUCACCUACUUCCUCGUGGUGGUCAUCAGCGCCGAGGUCUUCCUGCCCGUCUUCUACAGGCUGGGGAUCACCAGCACCUACGAGUAUUUGGAGCUUCGAUUUAAUAAAUAUCUGCGUCUUUGUGGGACAAUCCUCUUCAUUAUACAAACGAUUUUAUACACUGGAAUUGUUAUUUAUGCUCCAGCUCUGGCACUGAACCAAGUCACAGGAUUUGACUUGUGGGGUGCAGUGGUCACAACUGGAGUAGUCUGUACAUUCUAUUGCACACUGGGUGGUCUAAAGGCAGUAGUCUGGACAGAUGUUUUCCAGGUUGGAAUCAUGGUAGCUGGAUUUUCAUCUGUGAUUAUACGUGCUGUGGUGGUUCAAGAGGGAAUCAGCCGCAUUCUAAAUGAUUCCUACCAUGGGGGAAGAUUAAACUUCUGGGACUUUAAUCCAAACCCCUUGCAAAGACAUACCUUCUGGACAAUUCUCAUAGGUGGGACCUUCACCUGGACUGGCAUAUAUGGGGUCAACCAAUCUCAAGUUCAGAGAUACAUUGCCUGCAAAACCAGGUUCCAAGCAAAAUUAUCUCUCUAUAUCAACCUUUUGGGACUCUGGGCGAUACUUGUCUGUGCAAUGUUUUGUGGACUAGCAAUGUACUCCAUAUACCACGAUUGUGACCCAUGGACAGCAAGGCGCGUGUCAGCACCAGACCAGCUCAUGCCAUAUCUGGUAUUGGAUAUUCUACAAGAUUUUCCAGGGGUACCAGGGCUUUUCGUGGCUAGCGCCUACAGCGGGACAUUAAGCACAGUGUCCUCCAGCAUCAAUGCUUUAGCAGCUGUAACUGUUGAGGAUCUCAUUAAACGUUACUUCAGCUCCCUCUCUGAAAAGAAACUAUCUUGGAUUUCCAAGGGGAUGAGUCUUUUUUAUGGAGGCGUGUGCAUUGCCAUGGCCGCUCUGGCGUCCCUUCUGGGUGGUUUGUUACAGGCAGCUCUCAGUAUUUUUGGCAUGGUUGGUGGCCCUCUUCUAGGACUGUUUUCUUUGGGAAUCCUCUCCCCCUUUGCAAACCCCAUCGGUGCAUUUGUAGGUCUUAUUGGGGGCUUUAUUGUUUCACUCUGGGUUGGCAUUGGGGCUCAGAUUUACCCUCCACUCCCUGAGAGAACUAUGCCAUUAAACCUUACAACUAUCGGCUGUGAUAUAGGCAGCCCAGGAACAGGAGGCAACUGGACUGCAACAACCGAAAUGCCAACUUUAACAACCUUUGUACAUCUGCAAGGCACUGAAAGACCUGUCCUGGCUGAUUAUUGGUAUUCUUUGUCGUAUCUGUACUUCAGCACACUUGGGACCCUGGUCACAAUAGCUUUGGGAAUGACUGUCAGCCUCUUAACAGGAGGAAUAAAGCAGAACAUAGAUCGCAAAUUCUUGCUGACCAAAGAGGACAUACUGUCCAACUUCUCAUUUUCUAAACCCAAGACAAAUGAGAAAGUGGAAGUUUUGAACUGGAAACCUUUCACCAUGGCAGAGGAAGGAACCGACAAUCCUGUUUUCAACCACAUUGAAAUGAAUGUCACAGAAAAUAAAGAAAAAGUCAAUGGUCCCCAUGUAUGACUUAAAAGGACAGUGUAGAUGUUGUGUUAAAGACAUUGCUGGCAUUCCUGUGAAGCGUUAGUUAACCACCCUAUUUGGGGUUACAUGCAGUAAUCCCUACUAAACUUCAGGCCAUCACCACAUUGGAAUGACCUUGCCAUUAAGACUGAUUCCAAGAAAGGAAUCAGAGCAUAUUGGGCCGACGAAAAGGUGGGUAGUGGGUACUUCAUAACAUACAACUCUGCUUAUUUUGGGAGACCUUCCAAAAGGCAUGCAUCUGUGCCUGUGACAGAAGUGAACAUGAACUAAGAGCAAGUGAACUUUAAGCAUACUCUAAUGUAGACAAUGUUUUGUGUUACCUCCAAUAAUGAACCCUUUGAGCACAGCAAGAAACAAACUAUAUGGCUUGGUAUUUAUUUAGCGUGUGCAUAGUCGUCUAGCCAAGCGAUGGUUUGGUAAACAACUGCUUUUCUCAAUCCACUGAAUGACACAUUCAGUUCUAAGAUAUCAAGCUGGAUCCAUCUCUCCCCAGAAUAAUUCCAGUGACUGCUGUGGAGCUGCUCCUAAUUUACACUGCUGAAAGUAAAAAGAAAAGGAGGACUUGUGGCACCUUAGAGACUAACAAAUUUAUUGGAGCAUAAGCUUUCGUGAGCUACAGCUAAUGUCAUCAGAUGCAUUCAAUGGAAAAUACAGGGGGAAGAUUUAUAUACACAGAGAACAUGAAACAAUGGGUGUUACCGUACUGCUGAAAGUGAAAACAGAAUCAGGCCUCUGCCUCUAAUAGGGGACCUCUAUAGAGAGGACUAAAGCCGAUGUUUCUAUGUGAAAUUGAAAUUCAGUAUUGGUUUGGUCUCCUAUAAAAAUAGUUACGUUCAAACUCAGUAAAUUUUUCAGCUUUAUUUUAUUUUAUUUUAUUUUUAAAAGGAGCAUCUAGUUUUCACAGACAUGGCUAUUUUUCUUUCCUGGUCAAUUCCAUAUUGUUUCUAUUGCAAGGUCAAUAUUUUACACUCUUGCAGUGUCACAGGUGGUUGUGUUUUUAUAAUGAAGGCGGUAUUAUCUAGUAUAAUGUUUCUCUGUAGAAGUGCUGACCCUGAGCACCUUCUUUUUAAGUUUUUAUAAAGUCGUCUCUCAUGGUGGUAUCUGAAUAUGUUCUGAGCAAGGAAUUCAACAGUGAAUCGAUUGGUACCAUGCUUACCCUCCAUUUCCUUUUCAGUGCAUAGUCUGACCAGCUAGGCUGUGCACUAGACAGGGGCGGCUCUAGCAAUUUUGCCACCCCAAGCAGUUGCCACCAAAUUACCAGCGCCACAACAGCGCCAAGAGCGGUGGAGCUGCUGCCCAAAAGCCACAGCAGCGGGAAAAGCGGCGAAGCUGCCGCCGAAUUGCUGCCGCGGGACACAGACUGCUGCCCCAUUCUAAUUGCCGCCCCAAGCACCUGCUUGGAAAGCUGGUGCCUGGAGCCGGCCCAGGAACUAUUAGAGUUCCUUUGGGAGCUGGGUGGGAGGAAGGAUCCCCCUACCAGAUUGUGAAGCAGCACCAGAGCUGCUCUGCACCCACUAUUGCAGCCUCCACACUCCUCAUCCAACCUCUUCUGGUAGGAACAAUAGGCCAUGGCUGAUCCGUUGAGUUAAGUGACAUUUUUUCAUUAAAACCUAUUUUCAAUGGCAAUGUAACCAAAAUGAAAGUUUUGUGGAUAAAACCAUUUUUUUCUCAGUGUUAAUGGAACAAGCAAAUUCUGUACUAGAGCUGGGCAAUAUUUUCUGACCAAAACUCUUUUUCUGGUGAAAAAAACAAAUUUGGUGAUACAGGAACGUUUUGCAAAUUCAUGUUGAUUUAUUGCCAUAUUCUUUUGGUUGGAAAAAAAAAUCCAAAAAACCAACAUGGUUUAUUUCAAUGUUUUGAAAUGAAGUGUUUCGAUUCUUCAGUUCCAAUGACUUUUAGCUUCAAAGUUUCCUUUACAUUUAUUGAAAAACCUAAUCAAAGAUGAAACAUUUAGAUUUUGUUGAAACUAAAUUUUUUGUUUGACAAGAAACAAAAUUUCUGUGACUUUUCGAUUUGCCAAAAUUUUCAUUUGUAAUUUGUCCCAUAACUAAUUUUUCCCAAAUUUUCAGAAUUUUCGACAAACAACAAAAAACACCCAUCUGUUCUUUGCCCAGCUCUGUUUUCUACCCCUUUAGCCUCAGAAGGGGUUAGAUUAUAUACUAGGAGGUUUCAAAGCUAGUUGAUAAUCUCUGUAAGCUGUUGAACCUCUGGGUAAAAUGAUUGGUCUGAAUCUGUUUCCCAGUGUUUUUAGCUAUUCGGCUGUUUACACCUACAACAUUUGUAUUAUAGAUUAAUUUUAAAAAUACUCUUCAGUGUCUAGAAUAAUUUUUGGAAAUAAGUGUUUGCAGCAAGUCCUCUCUGUAUAGCCUACAAAUGUGUCUGUGGAGUAGACUGAAGUAAAAUACUCACUCGAACUUACCUAAAAUACUUACUGAAAUAGCCCAGAGAAGGCUGAAACAAAAAUGGUGCACAAUCGGGCCAAAUCCUCAGCUGGUAUAUGUAUAGCAGAAAAGGCUUGAUAAUCUGAUGGUGCAAGAAGCUAGUUCUUCUGCUUCUGGUGUGUCCAAAAAAAAGAAAUACUGCAUCUCAGUUUAAAAGCAUGCUGAGGUAAUAAAUCAUAACACUUAGAACUUCAAUGGUACUUCUCACCCACAGAGAUCAAGGAGGGUAAAUAGCAGGAUUCCCAUUUUAGUGAGAGACCUGAAGCAUGCUGAAGUUAAGUGAUUGUCCAAAGUCAUGUAACAAAUCAGUGGUAGGACUGGGAACAGAAACUAAGUCUCCUGUACUCCAUCCACUGACCAUAUUGCCGCCCAGUACUGUGCCUGCCUAUAGAAAGUCUGAUAUAAUGAUAAGCUCAUAUUUGAAUGUGUUUCUCAGGCAAGCAGUUGAUUAUUAUGAAAUAUCAUCUGUUCAUAUUUCAUUGUAUUUUCUUCUUAUUUAGAGUACUAUGUGUAUUUUAUCUGAUACGUGAUCAAACUGGCUAGGAUCUCCUCUGACUUUAUCCUUUUUUCAUCAAGCCAUAUUUAAUCAAACCAAAUAAAAAUGUUGUCCAUAAUACUGUAUUUUUUUUAAAAAAUGCAGCGUCACAUAUUUUCCCUUAAAUAUUGUAACAAAGUAAUUUAUUAAAACAGCCCAAGGCACUAAACCUGUGGUCUGAAACAUUAUUUGAAGUCAUUUAUUGAGCUUUAACUCUGCCUAUGCCAUGAAGUAAGACAUUUGAAUGACAUGAAGUGCGACAUGAACUUCCUCCUACUCAACUUUUGGGCUACUGAGGAGGAGAUGAUGUGAAAAUCAGUCUUGUCAACUGCUGGAAGUGGCCCACCUUGAUUAUCACUACAAAAGGUUUUUUCUCCCUCUGUCCCCCCCCCCCCCCGCUCUCCUGCUAGUAAUAGCUCACUUUACCUGAUCACUCUUGUUACAAUGUAUACGGUAACACCCAUUGUUUCAUGUUCUCUGUGUAUAUAAAUCUCCCCACUGUAUUUUCCACUGAAUGCAUCCGAUGAAGUGAGCUGUAGCUCACGAAAGCUUAUGCUCAAAUAAAUUUGUUAGUCUCUAAGGUGCCACAAGUCCUCCUUUUCUUAAUUCAUCAGAUUAAAUAAAUACACAAUGGAUAUACAGAGAAAGUGUUAAGAUGGGUUCUUGGUCAUUUUGGACUUGCAUUUGUAUUUCGCCUCAGAUUUGUCCCCCUGCUCAAAAUUAGAUAAAAACAUAAGAUGACUUACAAAAGCUUAACAACAAAGAUUUCAUAUGCAUAAUUUAUUUUAAAGUUAUUGCAACACAUACAAGCGUUAAACAUGGCUUUAUGUUGAUGACGUUUUUAUAGGUGCAAAAAUUUGACAUUCUUCUCCAUAGGGUUGGUUGUUUUUGUUUUUGCUAUUUACAAAUAAACAAUCUAUAUACUUUAUAUAUAUAGUAUAUAACAUAAGUCUCCGCACAAAGAUCUGAAAUAAAAAAAAGAACUCAUUUGUA